CGCGUUUUUUCCCUUUUUCUCUCUCCUUAAACCGUUUCCCCACUAACGCACACAAACCACAGACCACACCUCACACCUCACACCUCACUCACUUCCUUUUUCUCCUUCCACAUUUCACACACACUCUCUCUAACUCUUCUUCACUCUCCAUAACUGUUUCUCUUUAUGAACCUUCCCUUCAUUUUCAUUUUCAUUUCACCAUUCACUUCAACACUUAGCUUCUCUUAAUAACGCUUUCUCUUUCUCAAUUUUUUCUCUCAUUUUCUUCAAUUAUUAUUAUAAUGGAAAAGAAACAGGGUUUCUUCUCUGCACUCAAAGAAGAAGUAGUUCGCGGCCUCUCACCUUCUCGCACUCGUUCUCGUUCUCGUUCCCGGUCUACUAGCCCGGCCCGAACCGGUUCACCUAUGACCGGUCUAUUCACUCGAAAGAAAAACCAUCCAAACCCCAACCUAGACUCUUCACUGGCAAGAUCCGGUGGUUUAAGGCCGUUAGGAGAGACACUAACGCCGUUAAUUGAAGGACCUGAUUCAGAAAACGGGGAUCUAAAACGAAUCGGGUCGGGUUUAGGAAACUGGAUGAAGGAUCAGCUAUCACGUGCUCCUUCCGUUUCGUAUAAGAGGUCUGAUCUGAGACUUCUGCUUGGUGUUAUGGGUGCUCCGUUAGCUCCUUUUCAUGUUUGCUCCACUGACCCACUUCCUCAUCUUAGUAUCAAAGAUACUCCAAUCGAAACAUCAUCUGCGCAGUAUAUAUUGCAGCAGUACAUAGCGGCAUCUGGGGGGCAGAAAUUGCAGAACUCUAUACGAAAUGCUUAUGCGAUGGGGAAGGUUAGAAUGGUAGCUUCUGAAUUUGAAACUGCAACUAGGGUAGUGAAGAAUCGGAAUGCUUCUAGAUGUGCAGAGUCUGGUGGAUUUGUGCUGUGGCAGAUGAAUCCGGAUAUGUGGUAUGUUGAGCUUUCUGUUGGUGGAAGCAAGGUUCAUGCUGGUUGCAAUGGAAAGCUUGUUUGGAGGCACACUCCUUGGCUUGGUGCUCACACCGCAAAGGGACCCGUGAGGCCUUUGCGCCGUGCACUUCAGGGCCUUGACCCGCGAACCACUGCUAGCAUGUUUGCUGAUGCCAGAUGCAUAGGAGAGAAGAAUAUCAAUGGUGAGGAUUGCUUCAUCCUUAAGCACUGUACAGAUCCGGAAACACUGAAGGCUCGGAGCGAGGGUCCUGCUGAGAUUAUUAGACAUGUCUUAUUCGGAUACUUUAGUCAGAAAACUGGGCUUCUUGUUCACAUUGAGGAUUCUCAUCUGACCCGCAUACAAUCCAAUGGAGGUGACGCGGUUUAUUGGGAAACAACGAUCAAUUCAUUCCUUGAUGAUUACAGGCCUGUGGAAGGGAUCAUGAUUGCCCAUUCAGGGCAUUCUGUGGUGACUCUUUUCAGGUUUGGGGAGAUGGCCAUGAGCCAUACCAAAACAAAAAUGGAAGAAGCCUGGACAAUUGAAGAGGUUGCGUUUAAUAUUCCAGGUCUCUCGUUAGAUUGCUUCAUUCCCCCAGCCGAUUUGAAGACAGCUUCUGUCAGUGAAGCUUGUGAACUUCCUCAAGAUGAAAGAGGAAAGAACUCACUUGGAGUACAUCGAACCAAAGUUGUUGCACUGGAGAAAUCACACGAUUGCAGCAUUGAUAAGAUGAUAUGGAAGAUGGAAAUCUAAUGAUGACAAUAGGAUCAAUUCAAGGCAAUUGUUCAUAGCAGUCACUAGUUUUUGACUACUAACGUUUAGAUUUUAAUUUUAGAAUAGGGGUUCAGUUGGUUAUUUACAUGUCGAAGUUUGUUUAUGCCUCUAUAUAUAGUCUGUAAAUAGAGCAUAAAAAUUCACAGGUGUUAUGCAUGCCUGAGUGAAUAUUUAUACUCGAUGCAGAAUCCAACAAUGGAGUUGGAGCUUGAUUUUCCAAUUCGGGAUAGAGCAAAAUGGAGGUUAAAUUUUUAGUUUACCUUCCAUAAAUGUGGGAAGGUGGUGAAGCUUUGGUAUAGUAGAGCCAUUAAACUUUUGUUACUUAGGAACUUAUCCAAGUUCAGUGUUGGUGGUGGUAAUAUUAAAGAGUCUGCCACUGACCAUAGUCAAGUUUGAUGCUAACAGCUUCUAUGUGGUGUAGAAGUUAUUUAUUUCUUUGGAAAUGUAAUGUAACAAUGGUGUUUUUGAUAGCUGGGAUAGUAUAGAGUGGUUUACUGAGACAAUACUCAGUUUUCAUUGAUGUACCCAACAUCUCUAAUAUCAGUAAUUUUUUUCUAUUUGUGUUA